AUGGCUAUUGCAGGGGGAGAUGGUCUACUGGAACACAUUAGACGUAUGACAGACGUUGCUCACGAGCCUCAUCAGUAUCUUUUGCCGAUAUGUGGUUACGAGAAAAUGCCACUUGUUCCGCUCGAAAUAGCUGUUGAAGAACUUAUUCAUUUUCUACCAAAUAUCCAAAGUUUUGUUUAUGUUGCCAAACAAAGAUGCGAAGAACCUGCUGAUGGACUCACACAAGAUGAGUCAGCUGCUAUCAUGCUUUAUUCUAUGGGAUGGGAACCACUCGAUGAAUGUCUCUAUGUCGUGUUGAAUAACACUUUACGAUCAUCCGAUCGACGUAAAUUAAAGCCCUGGCUGCUCUAUUUAAGACUCUUUCUAAAUGGAAUCUUUCGUCUACCAUCAAUUACUAGGACUAUUUAUCGAGGUGUCAAGUUAAAUUUAAAAAAAUCAUAUAUUACAGGUAAAACAGUUGUAUGGUGGGGAUUUUCAUCGUGCACUACUUCAAUAAAUGUCUUACAAUCAGAACAAUUUUUGGGCAAAACUGGUACACGAACAAUGUUUACUAUUGAAUGCGAAUCUGGCAAGGACAUUCGUAAUCAUUCUUUUUUCCCAUCGGAAGAUGAAAUACUUUUACUUGCUGCUACUCAAUUCAAAGUUAUUGGUUGUCUUGAUCAAGGCGAUCUUCACGUCAUUCAACUCAAAGAAACAAAACCACCUCAUGCGCUACUACAACCCCUGCCGAUAGUUGCUGUUUCGAAAGAUGAAUCAUCUGCUAUGCCUACUUCAAUAGCACCAAAAGUAAUACAUAAAUUACCAAAUGUAAGCCCAACAGUAUCGCAGCUAAAAAUUCCAGCGAAAGAUAUCGAACCGUCAUCAGUACAACUCUCGGGUCCGGCUACAUCACAACCGCAAUACCAUAAUCAUGAACUUGAGCAAAUCAUGGCAAACAAUAAAGGUAGUACAGAGUUGAAUUUGCUAUCAAAGCAAUUGACUGACCGAGACAUGGAAAUUGUCGUUUAUUAUGCUCUGCAAAAUAACCCGACACUUCUCACAUUGAGCCUAUUUGAUAAUAAUAUUGGAGAUGAAGGAGCGCAGCAUAUAGCUGACUUAAUACGCUAUCACAAAACACUGAAAGAAAUACGAUUAAACAGUAAUCAUAUUGGCGACAAAGGAAUACAGUAUUUAGCAGAUGCAUUGAAAAAUAAUCAGACAUUGACAACAUUAUCUAUACAGUUUAACGAAAUAGAAGACAAUGGAGCAAGAUAUUUAGCCAAAGCAUUACAGCUCAAUAAAACACUCAAGUCUAUACCUCUUAUGCGUAAUAAAAUUGGAGGAAAAGGUGCUCAGUACCUCAUUCAAGCAUUACAAUAUAACCAGACCAUUAAGUCACUCGAACUUGAAAAUAAUCAAAUUGACGCUGACAGUACACUACUUAUUACUGAUGCAUUAAGACAUAAUACUACGCUCACAUAUCUCAGUCUAUUCCAGAAUCAAAUUGAAGACCAAGGGGCAAAACAUCUUGCUGGCGCGUUACGAGACAAUGCUACACUUCUCACACUGAAUCUGUCGGACACUAAUAUUGGAGAUGAAGGAGCACAACAUAUAGCUGACUUAAUACGCCAUAACAAAACACUGAAAGAAAUACGAUUAAACAGUAAUCAUAUUGGCGACAAAGGAAUACAGUAUUUAGCGGACGCAUUGAAAAAUAAUCAGACGAUGACAACCUUGAGUAUCGAGCAUAAUGCAAUCGGAGAUAAUGGAGCAAAAUAUGUGGCUGAUGUACUACGAGACAGCACGACACUGAAACAUUUGUAUCUAAAAUAUAACAAAAUUGGGGAAGCAGGAUCACAGCAUCUGAAUGCAUCGCAACUGAAUAAUAAACAUUUAACUUUACAUUUUUAG